AACAUUGUAAUUUUUGCCAAAAGGAAAAUCAAGUGCUGUUUGCUCCUGAUUCGUGGUGCACACAGAACACACAACGCAAGAGUACAAACACCAACUCAACUCGUCAACGCGAGCACAGAGAGUAUUCAUUCACCUCCCACCGGCUGUCAAAUCCUCGUCUUGCCGACUCGUCAACACCGUAGUAGCGUAACCCAAUACCCCAGCUUUUCACUUUUCUUCACCACUUUACUCUUUAACUCUCCUGCCAAUCCCUUAUUUUCACAAAGCUCACAACCCCACCUGGCCAUGGAGUUAGCAAAAGGACUGAGAGAGAUUCAGAAGCUGGAGGGGCACACAGAUAAGGUCUGGAGCCUCGCAUGGAACCCAGUAACUGGUGUUGCCGGAAUCCCCCUUUCCUUCGCUUCAUGUAGUGGUGACAAGACCGUCCGUAUUUGGGAACACAACCCCUCUAGCUCCACUUCUUCGUGGGAUUGCAAGGCAGUUUUGGAUGAAACUCACACUAGAACCGUCCGAUCGUGCGCUUGGUCCCCAUCUGGGAAAUUUUUGGCCACUGCCAGCUUCGACGCCACCACUGCAAUUUGGGAAAAUGUUGGGGGUGAUUAUGAAUGUGUGUCCACUUUAGAGGGUCAUGAAAACGAAGUGAAAAGUGUGAGUUGGAAUCCAUCUGGGUCUCUGCUUGCGACUUGUGGCCGGGAUAAAACUGUAUGGAUAUGGGAAGUGCAACCCGGAAAUGAGUUUGAUUGUGUUGCAGUGUUGCAAGGCCAUACACAAGAUGUGAAGAUGGUUCAGUGGCAUCCAAGCAGGAAUCUUAUAUUUUCUUGUAGCUAUGAUAACACUGUCAAGAUAUGGGCAGAUGAAGGUGGUGAUGAUGAUGAUUGGGCGUGUGUGCAAACAUUAGGUGAAACUAACAAUGGUCACUCUUCUACUGUCUGGGCUUUAUCGUUUAAUGAUGGUGGAGACAAAAUGGUUACCUGCAGUGACGAUCUUACUUUAAAGAUAUGGGGAACAGACAAUGAAAAGAUGCAAUCUACGGAUGACUUUGUACCAUGGAGACAUCUUUGCACUCUUUCAGGUUAUCAUGAUCGGACAAUAUUUUCAGUUCAUUGGUCAAGGGACAAUAUCAUUGCCAGUGGAGCUGCUGAUGACACGAUAAGAUUUUUUGUGGAGAAUGAUGAUAAAGAUGGUUUGGUUGAUGGACCUUCGUAUAAAUUGCUUCUGAAAAAGGAGAAGGCCCAUGACAUGGAUAUAAAUUCAGUGCAAUGGAGCCCUGGGGAGGAUCGGAUUCUUGCUUCGGCAGCUGAUGACGGGACGAUUAAAAUAUGGGAGCUGACAUCUGCAGGCUGAUGAAGGAACCUUUUUCUUUGCUGUUAGAACAAUUGUGUAAUUGCAAAAGUAUUUUCUCUUUUAUACUGGUCUCGAUUUUUGGAAAAACAUGAAGUUUAGUAUAGUAAGUGAAAUGUGGCAAUUUUUAAUGUGAAUUAGAUGUAAUGAAUCUUUAUGAGAAUGAAGAUGGCGAAGGUUGAAGCUUACAGUAUUGUUUA